GUGGAAAAGAAGGCACAUGCACCAGAGAUGGGCCCUGUGAGCAUAAGCAGGAGUGGCCUCCAGCUAGAAAUCAGCCUGAUCCUGUUCCAUGUCGGUGUGCUGGGUGCCUGUACUGUGUCUGUGCUACAGCCAGGUUACCUAGAGGUGGACUAUGAUGGUCCUGGUCCUGUCACCAUGGAGUGCACCUUUUCUGCAAUUGGAUGCGCUCCAGUGCAACCAAAAAGUUUGUGGUUUCGCUGUGGCACUCAACAGCCUGAAGCUCUGUGCUUGGAUGGAUGCAGCAAUGAGGCAGACAAGUUCACAGUGAAAGAAACCCUGGACCAGAACCGAGUCUCCCUCACUGUUAAUAGGCUGUCUCCAAAUGACAGUGCAAUUUACAUCUGUGGAAUAGCAUUUCCCAAUGAAAAGGCACCAAGAGCUAAACAGACUGGAAAUGGGACUACGUUGGUGGUAAGAGAAAGACUUUUCAGCAAGGAGGUGCAGAGUCUCCUGAUAGUGCUCCUAGCACUGCUCUCUGUCUACAUCACUGGGAUGUGUGUGAUCUUCAUAGUCCUCUUCAAAUCAAAGUCUAACAGUCCAAGAAGCAGAGAAACCAAGGAAGACUCAAAAAAGAAGAGUGCUCGGCGUAUCUUUCAGGAAAUUGCUCAAGAAUUAUACCAUAAGAGAUAUGUGGAAACAAGUCAUCAACCUGAGCAAGACGGCACUUAUGAAAAUAGAAAAGCACUCCCCAGCCCUGGAAGACCAUAGAUGUGCUUACUUUUUACUUAAACCACUGACAGUGCAACUCCAGAAUCUAUGGCAGUGUGAAUGGACAUAACAGCAAUCAAGACAACAUCAAAGAGAGCUGGGAUAUAGCUCAGUUAGCAGAGUGCUUGCCUAGUAGACACAAAGUCCUAGCUUUGAUCCCCAGCACCACAUAAACUCAGCAAAGUGACACAAGUCUGUAUUCCCAACACUGUGAAGUAUAAAGAGAGUCAGAAGUUCAAGGUCAUCCCUGAGUAUAGGACGGACCUGAGUUCAGUGACACAGUAUCUUGUCUCAAAAACAACCGCCAUCACCAAAAGAAAAGGACAGCACAAGUGGGAAAACAGCCAACCACACCAGAAGGCAGAACAGAAGUAGCUCUCACUAACUGUAACUACAGAAUAUGAAAACCUCAAGAAAACUCAACUGGACACCUUUUUUCUAAUUUUCCAGGAACAGUCUAACCCUCAUUUUAAAGAAAAACUUCAUCUUAACAGUU